GUGUCAGUUGAAACCGGUUUUGUUUUUUAUUUGCGUAUUUCUCUAGCUAGUAGCAUUUACUGUUUUCAAUAAAAAAAAACGGAUUUAGUUUAGUUUUAUCGGCCAGAAUGGCUAAAGGGGAAGAGACGCAUUGGUCGGAUGUUCUGAAAAGGAGGCUGGGCGGCCAUAAAAAGGACGAGAGGGACGAAGAGGAAAAGAAAGCAGAAGAAACUGAACUUUUUACCAAAUAUUACACGGAAUGGAGAAGCGGAGUGGAGACAGAUGAAUCCUACAAGACUAUUCCACGGUUCUAUUACAAGCUUCCAGCAGAAGAUGAAGUUCUCCUACAGAAACUGAGAGAAGAAUCCAGGGCUGUCUUCCUGCAGAGGAAAAGCAGAGAGCUGCUAGAUAAUGAAGAACUGCAGAAUUUGUGGUUCCUUCUUGAUAAACAUCAAGUCCCACCAGUAAAUGGAGAUGAAGCGAUGAUCAACUACGAAGCCUUCCUUCAGGUUGGAGAAAAGGCGGGACCAAAGUGCAGGAAUUUUUUUACAGCAAGAGUGUACGCCAAGUUGCUUAACAAUGACCCAUACGGCCGCAUAUCCAUCAUGCAGUUCUUUAACUACGUCAUGAGGAAAGUUUGGUUGCAUCAAACCCGAAUAGGUCUGAGUCUGUAUGAUGUUGCUGGACAAGGCUACCUCAGAGAGUCUGAUCUAGAGAACUACAUCUUGGAACUGAUCCCCACUCUGCCCCAGCUAGAUGGACUGGAGAAGUCCUUCUACUCUUUCUACGUCUGCACAGCUGUUCGCAAAUUUUUUUUCUUUCUCGACCCACUUCGCACCGGGAAAAUAAAAAUCCAGGAUAUCUUGGCUUGCAGUUUUCUGGAUGAUUUGUUAGAGUUGAGAGAUGAGGAGUUGUCUAAAGAAAGCCAGGAGUCCAACUGGUUCUCUGCGCCGUCCGCUCUCAGAGUCUACGGCCAGUACCUGAACCUGGACAAAGAUCACAAUGGCAUGUUGAGCAAAGAAGAGUUGUCCCGCUACGGCACGGCCACUCUCACUUCAGUCUUCCUCGACAGAGUGUUUCAGGAGUGUCUCACCUACGACGGAGAAAUGGACUAUAAGACCUAUCUGGACUUUGUGCUGGCUCUGGAAAAUCGGAAGGAGCCUGCAGCAUUACAGUAUAUUUUUAAACUUCUGGACAUGGAGAAUCAGGGUUAUCUCAACGUCUUCUCCCUCAACUACUUUUUUAGGGCCAUUCAGGAGCAGAUGAAGCUGCACAGCCAGGAGCCUGUUUCUUUCCAGGAUGUGAAGGAUGAAAUCUUUGACAUGGUGAAGCCCAAAGAUCCAUACAAGAUCACCCUCCAGGAUUUGGUGAAUAGCUGCCAGGGAGACACAGUGGUCAGCAUCCUGAUCGACCUCAACGGGUUCUGGACCUACGAGAACAGAGAGAUGCUGGUCACCAACGACGACAGCAGCAGCAAUACGGCGGACUUUGAAGACACUUGAAGAAGAUCCUGAUGCAUCUGAGAACAGGAGGACGGGAGUGGCUCGAUUUAAAAAGUGAUUGUAUAUAGAAAGUAUGACUUGGACUCAAAUCUAACUUGUAGACACUAUAGUGAUGUUUGCUACCUUCAUCUAAAAUAAAGAUUUUUCAUUUACACUGCAGAAACAUUA